GCAUGCGCGUUCGCGAGAAGGCCGCGCAGCGCCGGGAGAGGGGAGAGAACCAUGAGUGACAUCCGGCACUCGUUGCUCCGGCGGGACGCGCUGAGCGCCGCUAAGGAGGUGUUGUAUCACCUCGAUAUCUACUUCAGCAGCCAGCUGCAGAACGCUCCGCUGCCUCUGGUGGAUAAAGGCCCGGCUGAGUUGCUGGAGGAAUUCCUCUUCCAGGUCCCCAAGGAACGCGGUGCUCCGCCCAAGAGAUUGAAUUCGCUUCAGGAACUUCAGCUCCUUGAGAUCAUGUGCAAUUAUUUCCAAGAGCAAACCAAGGAUUCGGUUCGGCAGAUCAUUUUCUCGUCGCUCUUCAGCCCUCAAGGGAACAAAGCGGAUGACAACAGGAUGGCUUUACUGGGAAAGCUGGUUUCCAUGGCGGUGGCUGUGUGCAGGGUCCCCGUGCUGGAGUGUGCUGCCUUCUGGCUGCAGCGAACUCCUGCGGUGUUCUGUGUGAGAUUAGCCCGAGCCUUGGUUGAUGACUACUGCAACUUGGUGCCAGGGUCCAUCCAAACUCUGAAGCAGAUUUUCAGUGCCAGUCCUCGCUUCUGCUGCCAGUUCAUCACAGCGGUCACAGCUCUCUAUGACCUCUCCUCAGAUGACCUGAUCCCUCCUUCAGAUCUGCUGGAGUUGAUUGUUUCCUGGAUCUUUGAAGACCCCCGCUUGAUCCUCAUCACCUUUCUGAACACUCCUAUUGCAGCCAACCUGCCUAUAGGGUUUUUAGAGCUCACCCCGCUGACGGGGCUGAUCCGUUGGUGUGUGAAGGCUCCCUUGGCUUACAAAAGGAAGAAGAAAGCCUCUCUCUCCAAUGGACACCCCACCAGCAAGAUUGCCAAGGACUCGACUGAAGGAGAUGAUGGAGAUUGCCAUCAACUGUAUUCAAAACUGCAUCUAAGCGUCCUGCAGGUUCUUAUGAUGCUUCAGGGACACUUAACAGAGAAGAACCUUUAUGGGCGCCUGGGGCUAAUACCCUUUGAUCAUGUGGUUCCACUUGUGGAGGAAAUUAACAGACUGUCUGACGAGCUCAAUCCUCUCAAUGCAUCCAAAGAGAUUGAACUGGCUCUGGACAGACUGGCUCAGGCUUUGCAAGUGGCCAUGGCAUCAGGAGCACUCCUCUGCACCCGAGAUGACUUGAGAACCGUGUGCUCCAGGCUACCACACAACAACCUUUUGCAGCUGGUGAUCUCAGGACCUGUACAGCAACCGGCCCACAGCGCUCUGCCUCCGGGAUUCUAUCCUCACAUCCACACCCCCCCUCUGGGUUACCCUGCACACGCUGCUCACCCCGCUCUCCCAGCUCACCCUGCACUCCCAGCUCACCCCGUACAAACGUUCAUACCAGGAAUGACGUUCCCCUACAGGCCUAUCCGCUAACGUGCUCAGACUGCAGAAAGUGACGGCUUCCCUUGGUCUGAGGAAGCCUUGCACAGAAAAGCGACCGUCUCCAGAGCCACGUUUUCCUCUUUGUUGGGAAGCUGGGCGGUGCCUGCAGGAGGGCUCCACCUCCGGGAGCAGAGUAGACUCCAGGGGGAAGAUAGCAGUUACUCUGAACGUGGGCUGAGGAUACGAGAGCACCACGUGGAUGAAGGGAGGGAGUGGAAAAAGGCAAGCAAGUCGAACCCUCUGGAGCAUGUGGCAAUCCUUUUGAUGCAGUGUAUUUCAUACAAGCACCGUGCUAGUACAUCUCUCAAUAGGGUGUUUGUCAGUAUGUUUGGCACACUGAGAGCAGCCCAGUCGUGCUCUGGGCAGUAGGGCCAGAUGGAAAGCCAUACAAUUUUUCACACAAGUCCACUCCAGCCCGUCCAUCUCUUUGUAAAUGUUUGUAUCUAUAGCCACAGAAUGUGUACACUGUAUAUUUUUGGAACACAAACGUUUGCUUCAGAAGCACAAGGUAGAAUAAAACAUCACUUCCUAUUAAAGGAAACCACGUAAGAUGCAUCAA